AUGGAAAAUUCUCAAGCCAAGAAUACAUGUUGUGGAUCCCUAAAAAAUUUCUUCACGUCAUCAAAAUUGCUCAUCUAUAUGGGACAUGCAUUGUCAACGUGGGGUGACCGAAUGUGGAAUUUUGCCGUGGCCGUGUUCCUAGUGGAGCUGUAUGGGGACAGCUUGCUGCUGACGGCUGUGUACGGUUUGGUAGUGGCUGGGUCCGUGCUGCUGCUAGGUGCCAUCAUUGGCGACUGGGUGGACAGGAACCCCAGACUCAAAGUGGCCCAGACAUCUUUGGUUGUCCAGAACAGUUGCGUCAUGAUAUGCGGAGUUCUCCUCAUGGUGGUUUUCCAGUUUAAAACGCAGCUCAUGGAGUUAUACAAUGGAUGGCUGCUGACCACCUGCUACAUUCUGGUGAUCAGCAUUGCCAACCUCGCCAACCUUGCCAGUACUGCAAUGUCCAUCACCAUCCAAAGGGACUGGGUGGUGGUUGUGGCAGGUCAGGACAGCAGCAAGUUGGCAGAUAUGAAUGCCACAGUGCGGAUUAUUGAUCAAUUGACCAACAUCCUGGCUCCCAUGCUGGUGGGCCAGAUCAUGGCCUUCGGCUCUCACUUUAUCGGCUGUGGCUUCAUCUCGGGUUGGAACCUGUUGUCCAUGUUCCUGGAAUACAUGCUGCUGUUGAAAGUCUACCAGAAGACACCAGCGUUGGCCGUCAAGUCGGGUCAGAAGGAGCAGAACGAAGAGGAGCUCAAACAACUGAGCCCUGAUGGAGAAUCCAAGACAACCCAAAGUCCUGAGGAAUCCUCUCAACCCAUGAUAGAAGCAACAUCACCAACACUCAAGGUUAUGGCUAAGGUCCCCAAAAAGCAAAGUGGCUGCUACAAAGUGACCGAACCGCUGCGCACCCUGCAAGCUGGCUGGAAGGCAUACUACAACCAGAGCAUCUUCUUCGCCGGCAUGUCCCUGGCCUUUCUGUACAUGACCGUACUGGGUUUUGACUGUAUCACAACGGGCUACGCCUACACCCAAGGCCUCAACGGCUCAGUCCUCAGCCUCCUGAUGGGUGCUUCGGCUGUGUCGGGCAUCUGCGGCACGGUCGCCUUCACGUGGGUCCGAAAAAAGUGCGGCCUAAUCCGGACUGGUUUCAUCUCCGGGGUGGCGCAGCUCUCUUCUCUUAUGCUGUGCGUCUUCUCCGUCUUCGCUCCCGGGAGCCCCUUCGAUCUCAGCGUUUCGCCCUUUCAGGAGGUUUACUCCCAAGUCAUCGGGGAGAAGACGCUACCCAUUGUUGACAGCCUUGAGAGCAUCCUAACCAGCGGGAACAUAACCGCCACCAGUGCGCCGACUGAAGAGAUACUGAGCCGGAACUACAUGUCUGUCAGUUUGCUCUUUGCAGGCGUCAUUGCUGCAAGGGUCGGUCUGUGGUCUUUUGACCUGACGGUGACUCAGCUGAUCCAAGAAAAUGUGAUCGAGUCAGAGCGAGGCGUGAUCAACGGUGUCCAGAACUCCAUGAAUUACCUCUUGGACCUGCUGCACUUCAUCAUGGUGAUCCUGGCGCCCAACCCUGAGGCUUUCGGCUUGCUGGUCAUCAUCUCAGUGUCGUUUGUGGCGACGGGCCAUAUUAUGUAUUUCUACUUCGCCUUCAAGAGUCUCGGUCAUCGUCUGUUCCUCUGCUGCUCACCUGAGCAGAAAGUCCGUACAAAUGACUGUCCCUCACCUGCCAACGUCAUUUAA